CUGCCUGCUGUGACACACUGCUUCCACCCCGAUCUUCACUCCACCCCCGCCUCUGCCCAAGGGAUGAUGGAAGUACUGCCAGGCCGCUGUGUGCCCAUUGCCAAGCGUGAGCUACUGUGGGCUGGCUCUGCUGGGCUCGCCUGCUGGCUAGCAGGAGUCAUCUUCAUCGACCGGAAGCGCACAGGGGAUGCCAUCAGUGUCAUGUCUGAGGUUGCCCAGACCCUGCUCACCCAGGACGUGAGGGUCUGGGUUUUUCCUGAAGGAACAAGAAACCACAAUGGCUCCAUGCUGCCCUUCAAACGUGGAGCCUUCCAU